AUGGUCAAACACACCAUCGUCUCCCUCGACACCCUCCUUCCCUCCCCACCCGUCUCCUUCGACCAUGAGCUCAUCGAAUACCCGCACACAACGCCGGAGCAACUCCCCGAGCGAAUCCAAAACGCCACCAUCGUGCUCACGUCCAUCACGCCGGUGACGAAAGAGGCGAUUGAGAAUGCGCGGAAGUUGGAGUUGAUUGCUUGUAAUCGAACAGGAACCGACCACAUCGCCCUCCCCACCGCCGCCGCCCACAACAUCGCCAUCACGCACGUCCCCGCCCAAAGCGCCGCCAGCGUCGCCGAGCACGCCUUCGCGAUGUACUUCGCCCUGCGCCGACAAAUCCUCCCCUUCCACGGCCUGACCCUCGAAGGCCAAACCUGGAAGGAAGACAACAUGCUGCACCAACGCUUCGAACGCCCGCCGAGGACGAAUGAUGAGGAGACGCUGGUGGUUGUUGGGUACGGGGCGAUUGGGAAGGAGGUGGAGAGGUUGGGGAGGGCGUUGGGGAUGGGUGUGAGGGUGGCGGAGCGGAAGGGUGCGAGGGCGGUGAGGCAGGGACGGGUGGCGUUUGAGGAGGGGUUGGUGCUCGGGACGGUUUUUCUGGUUGUGGUGCCUUCGUCGGUGGAUGGGGGGACGAGGGAUAUGUUCACUGGGAGGGAGUUUGAGGUGAUGGAUUCUUCGGCGGUGGUUGUUAAUUGUGGGAGGGGAGGCGCCAUUAACGAAUCCGACCUCGCCGCUGCUCUGAAGAACAAGCAAAUCGGCGGCGCCGCAACGGAUGUGUACGAGCACGAGCCCGCCACGAGGGAGAACUGUCCUCUUCUGGACCCAACGAUCCCAAACCUCGUCUUGAGUCCGCACAUUGCUUGGUUCUCUUCCAAAACGAUCAAGAAUACCGUCGCGGUGGCCAAGGCCAAUUUGGAGGCGUUCGCUGCGGGUAAUCCGCAGAAUAUGGUACAAUAG